AUGACGGGCAUUUUUAAGAAAGUUACAGAGCUUUAUAAGAAGGACGAAUGCAGCAAAUAUUACAAAUUGGGUAAAACGCUUGGAACUGGAAGCUUUGCGACAGUCAAGAGCGCAAUUAGUAAAGCCGACAACUCGCGUUGGGCUGUUAAAUGUAUUGACAAAGCAAGUCUUACGGCUGAGGAUGAGGAAGCUUUACGAGUUGAAGUCGAGGUGUUGCAAUUAGUGCAUCAUACGAAUAUUGUGCAGCUUAGAGAAGUGUUUGAUUGUCACAAGACCUUUUACAUGGUUAUGGAAGAAAUGAGUGGGGGAGAGCUUUUUGAUCGUAUUGUGGAAAAGGAAAAGUACUCAGAAAAAGAAGCUAGUUGCGUUGUCAAGAAGCUAUCAGAUGCUUUACUUUAUUGUCAUCAAAAGGGUAUCGUGCACCGUGAUCUGAAGCCUGAAAAUCUGUUGUACCAGUCUACAGAUGAUGACGCCGAGAUUAAGAUCGUCGAUUUUGGACUCGCAAAACUCAUCAAAGAUGAUUCACUAAUGCAGACUGCGUGUGGCACUCCUGGCUAUGUAGCUCCAGAAAUUCUGGAAUGCCGCCCGUAUGGAGCUGAAGUGGAUCUUUGGAGUCUUGGAGUUAUUGCCUAUAUUUUGCUGUGUGGAUUUCCACCGUUUUACGACGAAAAUAACGCUGCACUCUUCCAGUCAAUAAAAUCAGGUGUCUAUGACUAUCCAAGUCCUUACUGGGACUGCGUGUCGGAUUCGGCUAAGGACUUAAUUUCGAGGCUUUUAGUGGUCGACCCGCUGAAGCGUCUGACCGCCCAGCAGGUGCUUGAUCACCCAUGGGUAGCGAAUAUUCGCAGUGUCAGUGGAAAAAUAUUGCCGCACGUCACUAAGGAGAUGGCGCGCUACAACGCUCGUCGACGCUUCCGUGCUAGUAUCGUGGCUGCUAAAACUGUCACAGCUUUAAAUUCGAUGCAAAAGAGAGUCAGUGCCAGUAGUUUUGAAACAUCUGCGGCUGCGAUUACUCCUGUAGAGCUGGGGGCUACGAAAGAAGUGGCGAAUGCAUCUGCGUCGCCUACACAUUAG